AUGUCGUCCACCAGCAACGCCUCCAUUGACAAGUUCAACGGAGACAAUUACGCAACGUGGAGCCGGUACAUGCGCGGUGUGUUUUUGACGAAGUCCGUCUGGCACGUUGUCAACCGUGAAGUGACUCCGACUUUCACCGACCCGCGAGCGUCCGAUGACUACGUCAAGGCAAGCAACGUCGCGUUUGGUAUGAUGCUGCUGCACAUGAACGCGGACUACCAUCAUGUGCUGGACAACUGCGAGGAAGCCUGGGUUGCGUGGACAAGUCUGAAGACGCUGUACGGUGGGUCGCAGAAGGCAGGACGCAUCUACCUCAAGCGACAACUUUUCAGUAUCAAGAUGGCUGAAGGCGCGAACGUCAUGCAUCACUGCAACGAGGUCCUCAACAUCUCCGCCAAGCUUAGCGGCAUCGGUGCGAAGAUGGAAGACGAAGACGUUGCAAUUUGUCUGCUACUCAGUCUUCCGAAGAGCUACGAAAAUGUGGUGCUCAACAUGGAAAUGAGCAGCACCGAGCUUCGCACUCAAGAUGUGGUGAGAGUCCUGACGAAUGAGCAUGCCAAGCGUCAAGGAGAAAAAGGGACAACGACAGCGACUACGGUGAAGGCUGAAGAUGCAAGCAAGGCAUUCAGCGCCGAGCGUGAGCCCUACCAAUGCACGUAUUGUGGCAAGGUGGGACACACGGUGGAUCGUUGCUGGACAAAGCAGAAGAACGAAGGUCGGGGAGCCCGACGCGGCGGCAAUGGUCGUGGACGCGGGGCUAACAAUGUCCAGUGGGGACAUCAUGAUGAAGGCAAUGGCUACGAUCGAGUGGCGUUUGCAGUCUCGUUCGAAUGUGGAGUUUCGACGAGCAUGGACGUGUCUGGAAUGUGGGCCGUCGACAGUGGUGCAACGCACCACAUUUGCCACGACAAGACCAAGUUCGCAAGUUUGGCAGAGCGCAAUGAGGGCGAACUCUUGGUGGCUGAUGGCAACAAGGUGGCCAUCAAGGGUGUGGGAACCAUCAUGGAAAGGUGGUUCUGCCCAACGGUGAAGAGCAUUAACAGCCAUGGCAAGUUUCAAGUCGUGUUUGACGGGUCCAAGAUGUAUGUGACUCUCAAGAACUCACAGCAAGUGGUGGCGACAGCGGAUCUCGUGGAUGGACUCUACUGGCUUCGGACGACUCAACGAUCAGCGAAUGUGACAACAAGUGGAACCAGUUGUGCCGAUCUACAUGCGAGAAUGGGUCAUGCUCCAGUCGAUGUACUUCGCAAGAUGAUCGCGACCAACAUGAUCAAGGAUGUGCGAGUCCCUCUCAAGUCGGGUGGAGCAACUACAUGUCGAGGAUGUCAACAAGGGAAAAUGGUCCAAAAACCAUUUCCAAGCAACCGAGACAAGCGCAGCUACGAUACGUUUGAGCUACUUCAUCUGGACAUCUGCGGGCCCAUGGAAAAGGAUUCGCUCGGUGGCAGCAAAUAUUUGCUGCUGAUCAUCGACGAAGCCAGUGGAUGCAUGAAGGGCUUUUGUCUACGAGUGAAGUCCGAGAGUGAAGACUACAUCCGGAAAUAUAUCACCAUGGUACAGACGCAAUUCUGUAAGAAGGUCAAGUUCGUGCGACACGACGGAGCUCGCGAGUUUGCAACCAACUCGCUUCAACUGUUCUACGAAGACGAAGGCAUUGAACAGCAGACAACGGUGCCGUAUGCACAUCAAACAAACGGAACAGCAGAGCGUGCCAUUAGGACUAUUGUCACGAUCGGCCGCAGCAUGCUUCAUCAUGCCAAACUGGACAAGUGUUUCUGGGCCGAAGCAGCGAUGACGGCCAUCUACGUCAAGAAUCGACUGCCGUCACCUAAAGUCGUGCACAAGACCCCGUUUGAGAUCGUCUACAACUUGAAACCAAGCGUCAAGCACAUGCGAACAUUCGGGUGUCAGACAUACAUACUGACGCCUAAAGAGAAUCGACUCAAGUGGGAUCCAAAGGCUCGCGCUGGCAUAUUCGUGGGCUACGAAGAAGUUUCGAAGGCAUAUCGUGUUUAUGACAUCGAGGCGGGGCAGGUGGUUAUCAGCCGCGAUGUCAACUUCGACGAGUCCACCUUUGGACUUCAACUGCCGAUCACUGAUGAAGAUGUCGAUGACCUGGACUUCGAAUUGCUGGAUCUUGAUGACGAAGAGCUGCGUCAAAUGGAGUACAAGCAAACAGGCAAGCGCAAGAACCGACUCAAUGAUGAAGAUACAGCAGCUCCACGACCGCGUGCAGUGCGUCAACGACCAGGACUAGAAGAGUCAAGCGCGCCGGAAAACAACUCGUCACGACAAGAAGAAGACGAAGAAACGAAGGAUUCUGGUGAUUCAACACCGCCUGUGUUUUGGCGUGCGAGUGCAAAUGCCGUUGAAGCAGCAGUGGACUUAUCAGAACCCUCAACAUUUGAAGCAGCAGUAAGCGGCCCUGACCAAGUGCACUGGAGAAAAGCAAUUCAUGCAGAGCUCGAGUCAAUGCGACUUCGCGGUGUGUUUCGUGCAGCCAAGCUGCCCAACGGACAACGCGCCAUUGGCACAAAAUGGGUGUUCAAGAUCAAGCGCAAGGCGGAUGGGUCAAUCGAGAAGUACAAGGCACGACUUGUGGCCAAGGGUUUCCGCCAAAAGUAUGGCAUCGACUACACGGAGACGUUUUCGCCUGUGGUCAAGUAUGUGACGCUGCGAAUGGUGAUCGCAAUUUCCAAGCAUUUUGGAUGGCCCAUCGACCAGCUUGAUGUGGUGACAGCUUUCCUGUAUGGCGUCAUGAAGGAACAAGUGUUCUGCGUGAUUCCUGAAGGCGUCGAACUUGACAGUACGUUCGACUGCCUGGAAUUGGUGAAGUCAAUUUACGGCCUCAAGCAAGCGUCGCGAGUGUGGAACGAGACGUUCGACGAGUAUGUGUGCUCCAUCGGAUUUCAAGUAUCGGACUUCGACCCAUGUCUCUACAUCAAGACUUCGGACGGCCAUUGCGUGUUUAUACUGGUCUACGUGGACGACGUCUUGGUGACUGGAAGCUCGCUCGAGCUGAUUGCACAAACCAAGAACGACCUGAAGACGCGGUUCGAAAUGACGGACAGCGGCAAGUGUGCGUUUGUUCUUGGGAUCGAGCUUUUGGACGGUGAAGAUGGCAGUGUGACACUAUGUCAGCGUCGGUAUGUCGAUGAUAUCCUCAAGCGCUUUGGCAUGGAUGAUUGCAAGGCAGUCGCAAGUCCAGUCGACAUGAGCUCUCGACUUGUUUCAAGUGAUGCAACUACCAAGGUCGAUGCUCCUUUUCGCGAAGCUGUUGGUGCGUUGAUGCACCUGACCACUGCAACGCGUCCGGACAUUGCGUUUGCUGUGGGCUAUGUGUCGCGGUUCAUGGAAAAUCCCCAAGAAGAACACUGGGUUGCAGUUAAGCGUAUCUUUCGCUACCUACAAGGCACCAAGACGCAUGGAAUUUGCUACAAGCCAAGUGCAAGGAUCGACUUCCGUGGAUAUUCGGAUGCGGAUUGGGCUGGUGAUCUUACCGACCGCAAGUCAACAUCGGGGUACACGUUCAUGCUACUCGGUGCGCCAGUCAGUUGGGGCAGCAAGAAGCAGCCAAGUGUUUCGUUGUCCACGAGUGAAGCCGAAUACAUCGCACUCAGCUUGGCGAUUCAAGAGGGCAAGUGGAUUCAUCGUCUGCUUUGUGAGAUCACAAUCAGUCGUGUAUCAAGAUGA